AUGAGGCGAUAUAUUUCCCAAGCAUUGAGUGAAAAAAGCUUUGUUUCGUCGCAAUGCUCGUACCAAACAAUUGUGUUGUCUGCUGAAUAUAUUCGACGUUGGAACACUCGCCGCCGUCUUCGCCUCAUUGAAUUUGGACUGAACGGGUUUGACUCACAGAAGAAAAAUGCAAUCAAAAACGCAGUGAAGAGAUAUCAGAAGAGACACGAAGAAUCAAAUUCCGUCUCGAAAGUGAGUAAGAUCCUCCACAAAACUAUCCCGGAAGAUAAGUUCUUCAUCUUCACAGAACAACCCAUCGGACUUAGUGUCGACGAGUAUUACGCGACCACUCAUGUGUCCGAAAUUGAGUUCAAUACACACGUAUCUCAGCUCAAGGAAAUUGAGAAUGAGAUUGGCGACAUCAGCGAUAUCGACGACCUCACUUUGUCCAUCUUUGAGGUCGACGAUUCUCCAUUUCCUUCAUUUAAAACAACCGUAUUCAGUGUAUUAAAGGAAUUUAUGGAUACCCAAAUCGUCCCAAGAUCACCAACGGAGAGUGAAGAGUCUCAUAACGUCCCAAUAAGUAACUCCCAUACAGUGCAGAAGCUAUUAUUCACAUUACAUAGUCAGAGGAAGACUAUAGAACAACGCAAAGAGAGUCUGUCGUGUAGUUGCCCACCACAACUUGACUUGAACAAAUACACAGAAGAAGAAAUUAUUGGACAGGGGCGGUAUGGUAUUGUGAAGUUGAUGGGUAAGCCCUCUGGGGAACGUAUAGUAGUCAAAGAGAGUGUUUUAAAGACGACGAAAUUUCUUGAGAAAGAGGCGAAGAUCAUGACGAUGUGUGACCACCGCAAUAUAGUAAAGUGUGUAGGAUAUACCACUUAUCACAAUGAGAUAGGGGAGGUAGGUGUACUUGGUAUAGAGGAGUGUGACUGUGACUUAAAAAGUUAUGUUGAGACUUUGAGGGAAAGAGGGAAAAAAUUGAGGAUAGAGGAGGCUGAAGACAUCUUUGCACAGAUCAGCGCCGGGUGCAUUUACUUGUACAAAACGUUUGGAAUAGUCCAUAGAGACUUGAAGCCACAGAACAUCCUUAUUAAUGUGAGGAGGGACGGUAUUUGUGUGAAGCUGUGCGACUUUGGAAUGGCCGUUAAAGGGUAUGACAAGAUGUGGGGACGUGUCGGGUCACCGGUGUACGCAGCACCCGAAGUUGUCAGAGAAGAGGAAUUUGGAGAGAAUAGCGAUUUAUACUCGUUGGGUGUCAUCUUGUUUUACCUCCUCUUCAUGCGAAUUCCUUUUGACGUAGACGACUUGGACGAACUCAAAAAGGUGUUCGCAAGAGGAGUCGGGCCUGUGAUUGGAAAUUCGCCGGAUGAGUGCGUUGUGAAAAAACUCAUGGAGUUUGACCGAUCAAGAAGAGUUGGAUGGAAGGAGUUUGAGAAGAUGAGAUUUGGGUCCGAAAUAGUGUGA